AUGAACCGAAGGCGUGAACCGGUUAUCAAUCUGGCCUCCUUGGGGGCAAAGAAGAAUACCUCCCGGGCGGAUGAGAGAAAUUCUCGGAAUGAAGAAAGGAGUUUUUCGGGCUCGAAGAAUUCAAGAGAACGUUCCCUCUCGCUUGUUUCAGACGCUGACUCGAGCACAGGCUCAUACCAUGGAUCCCCGCCUAACGACCAACAAAAGAAGAUUGCCUCGGCGUCCAUAGAUGAGUCUUAUUCUAUGGCCAUGCAGGUUUUGGUGACGGGAGCAUUGUCUAUUGAAGAACAGCUGGCCCAUAUGAGCGAAGCGGUCAUGAAACUGACGAAGAUGGUCGAAGAGAAGGAUGCGCAGAUUGCUUCUCUCAUCAACAAGUGGGAAGCACAUCAGGAUAAAGAGCCUGGUCAAGAUGCAAACAAGAAAGGACCACAUCAUGAGGCUGAAUCUAGCGAGAAAGGAUUGGGUCAUGAAACAGAGUCGGGUGAGAAGUCGCACGAAAAAAUUGACGCCGCCUCGGUGGGUUAUUUGUCGGUUCAACAACUUCAGGACAUGAUCACGAACACCAUCAGAGUUCAAUACGGAGCACCUUCUCGAGACACGCUCAUGUAUUCUAAGCCAUACACCAAGAGGAUAGACAACUUGCGGAUGCCGACGGGAUAUCAACCUCCCAAGUUCCAACAAUUCGACGGAAAGGGCAAUCCAAAACAACACAUUUCACACUUCGUCGAAACAUGCAACAAUGCUGGAACGGAGGGCGACCACUUGGUGAAGCAAUUUGUUCGGUCGCUGAAGGGAAAUGCAUUUGAUUGGUAUGUAGACUUGGAGUCCGAGUCUCUUGACAGUUGGGACCAAAUGGAGCGAGAAUUCUUGAACAGAUUCUAUAGUACUCGUCGCACCGUGAGUAUGAUGGAACUCACGAAUACCAAUCAAUGGAAAGAUGAACCUGUCGUUGAUUACAUCAAUCAAUGGCGUUCAUUAAGCUUGGAUUGCAAAGAUAGGCUUUUGGAGAUAUCAGCAGUUGAGAUGUGCAUUCAAGGGAUGCAUUGGGGGUUACUCUACAUCCUACAAGGGAUUAAACCCCGCACGUUUGAGGAGCUAGCCACUCGUGCCCAUGAUAUGGAGUUAAGCACCGUCAGCCACGGAGGAAAGCAUGAGCCCGUCAUCGAGCAUAAAAAGGAGAAAGUCUUUGGACAAAAGACAGAUAAGCCGGUCAUGAAGCCUACCAAGGAAGCAAUGACAAUCAACACUGUCCCGGUCAAAAUCUCCACCCGAGAUAAGAAGAGGAAAGUCAAAAGGACCUGA